UUGCCUAUUGGCAAACUUUGUGUAACAUAAUUUUAAAGUUAAACUGUUUGACGAUAUUGGCAAAAGAAUUUGACUGUAAGGUCAAAUAGUUUGAUGAUAACAGCAAAUCAUUUAAACUUCGCAGUUAAUCUUGACCGUCAAACAGUUUAACUCUCAACGUUAAACUUCUGUCCAGCCUAGCAUUCCAUAGACAGAUACUGUAUAUGUAUUAACGACUGAAUUUCUACUGUAACUAUGAUGUAACUCUGUAGAUCUAUUACGCAAUAUAGUCAUUAAAAGCAAGUAAUUCCGUUGCACAAUCUGUUCGAUCUGUAUCGAAUUUUUCUUUUAUGGAUAUUUAUGAUAUUUAUAUUCCUAAGUAUAUCCGAAAGUAUGACACAUUUUUACGUAACGUCAAAUCGUUUUUUUUUGCACUAAUAAUUUUCAUUUUCAAGGCUAUACGCUUAUUAUUGGUUAGACACUUUAAAAGAACCAUGGGCGAGAAAGUUGAUAGCAGAUUUCGUGAUGCCAUUCAGGGCAAAUGGAACCGUAAUUCCAUUCGGUACAGCGGGAAUUAUGGUACAGCCACCUUUUUGUCGUCCAGUUUUAAUGAUAACGGUGUGGGACGUAGUGUGUCUCCUUUGGACGCACUACAUCAUGGGAAUGAGUUUCCUCGAGGAGAUGAGUUAUCGAAACAAGAAAAAAUAUCUUUCCAGAAUGCUUAUCAACUUGACCGACAAAAUGGAGAUGAUGGAGGAGAAUGCGUUGAGUCGCCCAACGACAUUGAAUUUAACGCUUUCGGUGGAAAAAAGGAAGAUUGUACUAUUUAUGUUCGGAGCGUCAGUCCGCAGCGGAAUAGCAACACAGAGAUCGGAGAGACGGACGUUAUAUUUCAACAACAGGUCAAUAGCGGAGUCAAGAGUGAAAGCUAUACCAGCAUUAUCGAAUGUUGUCCUAAUCAGGAAAGAACCCAGACUCUGCAGUCAUCAAUGGGGCAACUGCUCCGAAUCGGUACCUUGGCAGGCACUACAUGGACGAAAGAAAUACCGAAGACCCCGUGUCAUCUUGUUGUCCCAAACGUUCAAUCUAGAGGAGCAAAUAUUCCUGAAACCAUGUCUCCAGUGCCAGCGGGUGGCAAGCAGGAUGAAGUUCGAGGGUGUCGCAAUAGUUCAACCAAUCCCCUAAUGAUAGUUGAUAUGAUCGCAAGUGAAUCAGAUCGUUGCCGUGUUGCAACUUAUAUUAACCGUAAUCUUGAAAGUGGAGAUCCUCCUAUAUGUUAUAUGCGAGAUGUUAAACAGUUUGGUUUUGAUCAUAUCAUCAUUAUCGGGAAACGUUACUGUGGACUUCUUUUUCUAGACUGUUUUGGUCGCGUGUUUGAUUGGGACUCUAUGAGCGAUGUAUUAUGGCCACUUGGGGAUUAUUGGAAUUUGACAACAAAAGAAUCCCGGACUAGCAGUAUAGUAUGGGGUUUGGAAUUCGAUGGGACUAUUGUUGAAUUUGAAGAUGAAGAGAAAGAGUUCGAAAAAGAAGAAGAGCUCGAAAAAGAAGCAUCACUGAUUUGGUCUUUAUAUUGUGUGUCGAUUAAGGAUGAUGUGCACUUUUUUCAAUUUAUGUUUGCUAUUAAUGGGUUAUUUGUGCAUUUCAAAAAUAAUGUGUAUGCUACGUGUGAUUCACUGUUACAAAUAAACGUGUAAAAAAUAUAAUUACAUAUGCCCUAGUCUCAAAAGAUAGGAUUGAAAAUAUUUUUCUGGCAGCAUUGAAGACCCAAUUUUAGCCAUGUGAUUUUUUUUUUCUGGCUUGCGAAAUAGGACAGUGAAAUCUGAAAAGAUGUAUAAACUUUUAAUGGCAUAGGUAAAGAAAAAAUAGCGCGGAUUAAAACCAC